GCUGAUAAAACUCUCAAUGUUCUGAAAUCUUGGAAAUGUGUUCAAACCAGCUGACAUUAUGGCAUCAUUCCAAAUCCCUUUGGGAUUGAUUAACGUAACAUCAUUUCCGGUCUUAAGUCUUGUCUCAAAUUUCACCAAUUUUUUUUCACUAGAAAUUUUUGCCUGACCUUGGAAGUCCGCAAUUUCUUUGUCUUCUACAACUAGAAUGAGAUGAUAAGAUGUUAGAAGGAAUAUCUAGCAUGUUCUCUUACAUUCGUUAUCGUUUCUUCAGCAUUGGCUACAAGAAGCGAAUCGUAAUUCAGAUUCUUUUGCUGUUGUUUAUAGCCUUCGUAGGGGUUAUGCUUCGACCGUAUUUCUUCGCGAACCUCGCAGAGCUGGACCUUUUUGGAGAGUCAGGUACAAGAGGUAACUUCACUGUUGGAUGGGACAAAUGGACAGGCCAGAUGGAAAAACUUGGUUAUCGUUCUAUAGGAGAUGUAUACGAUCAAUGCGAGCCUGAGUCGCCUCGAGUGAAAAUAGGAAAAGUGCUGAUCCAUUUCGACAAGAAACUUGGUACAGUGAUAGCAACCAUAGCAACCAAUUUCACCAUGCCGGUUUCUCUUUCCAAAGGCACAGUGCAUAUCACCGCACAAUAUCAUGGACGAACUUUAUUUGACCAGAAGUAUGAUUUAUGUAAAGCUAAAGUAGAUACUUUUAAAUGCCCUAUGAAAAAAGGGCAAAAAAUGCGAAUCUACGAAACCUUCAAGCUACCAAAGUAUAUUCCUAAGGGACACUACACUUCCUACGCGAAGGGCUCCAACGAUGACGAAAUUUGUUUCAUUAUGGCGGAGUCGAACUUAAACGUAUAAGACUUUUAUACGAGGCUACAGAACAACUGAUGAAACAUGCAUCGCAUAUUGUGAUGUAUUAUACGCUACCGAGACCACAAAGCCAAACGAAUUUACGCAAUGUGUCACGCAAUGUUUUACGCAAUGUGUUACGCAUUGUGUCACGUAAUGUGUCACGCAAUGCGUCACGUAGUAUAUGACGAAAAAUGCUACACUGCUGGGCCCGGUCGUACGAAGCAUGGAUAGCGCUAUCCAACGGAUAAAUCUUAUCCAGUGGAUAAAUUAAUUGGAUAUCAGCAUCGACUUAUCCACUGGAUAAGGAUUUAUCCGCCUGAUAGCGCUAUCCAUACUUCGUACAACUGGGCCCUGGUUUUGCAAUUGGCUUAAUUAAACAGAGAUUAUAUCGCGCGCGGAUCGAGGAGCGAGAGAACUCGAAUAUCUCAAAAGAAUUAAGCGCAGUUGCAUUGUGAAUACUUUACAAACAUGUUUCAGUCAAUUUUUAUUGGAGCUCGAGUGCAUAAAGAUGACGUCAUGUCAUAGCCGUCAUGUUCGAUGAAAUUGAAGAUUUGUCGUGAGAUUCUCUUAAUUGAACCAACAUGGCGGCCAUGAGUCGUGAAAAUGCUCGCAUCCUAUGGGUUGUUAGUGGGUUGUGUGACAUCGUCUCCACCAUGMUCGAUGACUUCUUCAAGAGACUAGGAAGGGGUUCGUCCGAAACCCCUAAUGGAUCGAUAAAAUCAAGGGAUAGGGGAUUCGUAGUUGUCAUUUAGGGAUUUUGUUGGGAUUUUGGGGGGGGGG